AUGUUUCAUAAACUGCCACUACACUGGCGCCAACAAUGCGGGGCUCUGCCUACAUCAAAUAAUUCGAUGAUCAAUAAAAGCCAUGGCGGACUCUGCUGGCAAUUGGUGCCUCAUCGAAAGUGAUCCUGGAGUUUUCACGGAAUUAAUCAAAGAAUUUGGUGUAAAAGGGGCGCAAGUUGAAGAACUUUGGAGUUUGGAUGAUGAGCAAUUCGAAAACUUGAAACCCAUUCAUGGACUCAUUUUCUUAUUCAAGUGGGUUCAAGACGAUGAACCCUCAGGCAAUAUUGUGCAGGAUAAUAGAUUGGAAAAAAUAUUUUUUGCAAAACAGGUAAUAAACAAUGCCUGCGCAACACAAGCGAUUCUAAGUGUUCUAUUAAACUGCAAGCAUGCUGAUGUAUCACUAGGUACUACGCUCGAAGACUUUAAAAAUUUCUGUCAGAGCUUUGAUGCAAAUAUGCGAGGUCUGGCUUUGAGCAAUUGUGACGUUAUUAGGGAAGUCCAUAAUUCAUUUUCUAGGCAAACUCUGUUUGAGUACGAUUCCAGACAUGCGUCAAAAGAUGAGGAUGUUUUCCACUUUGUCAGUUAUUUGCCCAUUGAAGGUCGUCUCUACGAAUUGGAUGGCCUCAAAGAUGGGCCAGUAGAUCUUGGACUGUGCCCUGCCGGUGAUCAAUGGGUUCAGGCAGCCAAACCAAUAAUCCAGAAACGAAUUAACAAGUACAACGAAGGGGAGAUCCACUUUAAUUUGAUGGCGCUUGUAUCGGAUAGAAGACUGUUAUAUGAGCGACAAAAAGCUGCAGUUGGAUCAUCCAAUCCUGCAGAAAUUGCACGCUUGCAGUCAUUAAUCGAGGAAGAACUUAGUAAAUCGAAGAGGUAUCAAAUUGAAAAUAUUAGGAGAAAACACAACUAUCUACCAUUGAUAAUGGAAUUACUUAAAUUGUUGGCAAAGGAAGGCAAACUUGUACCUCUUUACCAAAAAGCAAAAGAAAGGGCAAUCGAAAAAGAGACGAAACGAAAUCUUGCUCUUGACACUCCAAAAAGACUCUGAAAGUGAAAACGAUUGAAACAUUUCUAUCCACCUAUGAAGUGGCAGGAUUAUUAAAGUCGCAACUUGCCAGAAUUGCGAUGUGUCAAAUUUAUAUGAAAUCUAAUCAGUCUGUAAUACAAUUAUUCGGUUUAAUUUUUGUGACCUAAUUUCUGAGGAAUAAAUAAAGCUUCUUUCGAUUACAAAUA